CAUCGCUCCAACAAAACCUCCGAUCGAUCACGACCUCCGCUAGCUUCGCCUUCCGCUUAACCACACCACCCUACCUUUCCUCCCCUCUACUCUUUCAGCUCUCCCAAGCUUCAUUCGCUCUCCCCCCAGAUCCCCAAUGGUCGCGCCCGCCGCCUCAGAUCCUCCCCCAGGCGGCCCCUCCCCCUCCCCACUCUCCUCCUGAUCGAUCCGAUCGACACCGCAUCGCUGCUUCUUGGCCGGUCGAUCAUGGACGCCGUGGGGGAGCUUGCUGCUGCGGGGAUGCACCACCACCAUCACCACCACCACCACAGGUGCAAGGUGUGCGGGAAGGGCUUCUCGUGCGGCCGCUCGCUGGGCGGCCACAUGCGCUCCCACAUCUCGCUCGGCGAGGCGCUUCCGGAGGCCGACGACGAGCUGAUCAGGCGCUCCUCCGCCAACGGCGGCCGCACCAGCGCCAAUGGCGCCGUCGGCUACGGGCUCCGGGAGAACCCCAAGAAGACGCGCCGGCUGUCCGACUUCGCCGACGAGGAGGAGGACCAGGGCGGCGACGGAGGCGCGCAGAGGGCCUGCCGGGAGUGCGGCAAGCUGUUCUCGUCGUGGCGAUCGCUGUUCGGCCACAUGAAGAGCCAUGCGCCCGGCGCCGCCAGGGAUCACGAUGAGUACGACGAGGCCGACGGCGACGUGGACCUGCUUGGAGAGGAGGAGUACUCCUUCGCCGCGGAGGCGGAGGCGGAGGCGGAGGCGGAGGCGGAGAAGGAGGAGGAGGAGGAGGAAGAGGAGAUGGAGCCGGCGCCGAUGGAACCGCUGGUGCCGGCGCCGGUGGCUGUGAUGGCCGCGCCGCCCAGGCGGAGGCGCAGGUCCAUGCGCGUGGCGGCGCCGGCCCCCGCGCCGCCGCCGCCGAUGCUGAGCGCGUUCGAGAAGGAGCAGGAGGACGUCGCGCUCUGCCUCCUGAUGCUCUCGCGCGACACCACCGGUGGCAUGCGGGGUUCGCCGGCGCCGAAGCAGGCGCACCUCCCGAGGAACGGCUACGGCUACAACUCCGACGACGACUCGGCUCUGUUCCAGUACGGCGACGCCAAGACCAAGAGCGUGGCCAAGAGCAAGAAGCGAAGGACCAGCCAUUACGCGCUCAACUCCGCCUCGCCGAAGCAGCGGGGCGAGGCGGCGCCGCCGCCGGCGAAGCGCACCCGCUACGAGUGCCCGGGGUGCGGCAGGGUGUUCAGCUCCUACCAGGCGCUGGGCGGGCACCGCGCGAGCCACAAGCGGAUCAACACCAGCUGCAGCGCCCCCAAGGCCGCGCCCGCCGCCGCCCCCGCGCCGGAGCCGAGCGUGGACACCUACACCUCGUUCGGCACCCUGUCCCCGUCGGCCUCGCCGGACUCGGUGGCCAUCGGCAUUGGCGCCGGCAGCAGCAAGAAGCCAGCCGCCGGCGAGGCGGAGAAGUUCGAGUGCCCGGUCUGCUUCAGGGUGUUCGGGUCGGGGCAGGCGCUGGGCGGGCACAAGCGGUCCCACAUAAUCGCCGACGCCGCCUUCUCCUCGGACGGCGAGCUCUACGGCAGCGCGAGCGUGAGCGUGAACGAGGAGCAGGAGCAGGGGUACCCGGUGGCGGCGGCGGGGUCGCUGGACCUCAACUUCCCGCCGGCUCCGUCGGAGGAGGCCUGAGCCCGAGCGCCCGACCCGCCGCAGCGAGAGCCAGCCAGAAGCAAAAGCUCGAUCCGCAAACCGAGGCCAUCAAUGGGGGAUGUGUACAGAUUGAUUCGAUUCGUUUCCGUCAUUCUUUCCAAGCGACGCUAGCUCCAGCUCCAAGCUCGAAGGUAGAGAGAGAAUCUUCCAAGAAAGAAACCCAAGAAGAAGAGUUCAGAGUUCAGAGAAGCCAUCGAUCUCGGCAUUAAGGUUCUUGAUUAGGAAAAAAGAAAGAAAGAAAGAAAGAAUGCAUUUCUUUUUUUUUGUUUUCGCUGCAUUCCUUUUUUGAUUUCAUCUCCGGAUGGACAGGAUUAAUAAGCCGGCCUGCGAGUUAGUGGCCAACAAAGAUGAACUCAAAUGCUAUUCCUUUUAUUUUAUUAUUAUCAUCGGGUCGUCAUAGUUUAUUUCCUUC